AUGGCAUCAGAUCCAUAUAAUGGCUAUAGCCCACAGGCGGCAGAAAUACCCAGCAACUGGCCAAAUGGCAAUAUCGCCCAGCUGCAAGAUGCUUCCAGCUCGAACCCCGCGAUCCGAGACCCAGCCCACGACGACCUUGCCUACAAACCAUUGCCCCGUGGUACUAGCUUCAACAACCCACCCCCUGACGGAUGGCUCUACCCUCACAAGAAGGGCAUUGGCUCGGGUUCCAAUCUCGAGCCAUUCAGAGCCGAGAUUGAGGCUCGCACACAGCGAGGCGAGAACUGCAAAGCCAUUGCUGCUGCCUUGAACGCCAUGGGUGUCCAGACGAGCGACCGCGCCAUCAGCCGUGUGCGCAUCAGAUGGGGAAUGAGGAAGAGAGCCCAGCGAAAAGUGAAGACGCCUCCACCAGAUUCAGACGCUGCGCGCCUCAGUGCCAAGUCAAAGGUCCAGGCAAUGAGGAAGGCCGAGCUGAUCCGCAUGACAAAGGAUGGAAUGUCGCCCGAGGAGAUCUAUCAGAGCUUGACCUCCCGCGGCAUGGAGCUCAAAAAGGGCGUUGCUACUGUCUUGCGUCUACAGAGCGCCUGGGGUGUUGCGCGCGAUGAGAAGCGUUGGCUCGGAAACUUUCGACACCAAUGCCACAAAAAGGCAAAAGCACAGCAGUCGGAUGCAUUCAGAGACAUUGCAAGAGAAUUGGGGGUGCAGGACAUCGAUGGAUGGGUCCAGGAGAAGAUGAGAGAGCACGGUGCCAGGCAGGCAAGACACGAGCUGGCUCUGAAGCUCAUGGGGGAGCACGCACCAACGAAUCCCGAGCGCAGGAAGUUACAAAAGCCUCGCAGGCCCAAGGGCCCACAUAUGGACGUCCAUGGUACCGACGCGCCCGAUGGAUCUGAAGACGAAAGCUCUGAUGAUGAGUCGGAAUCGGAGCCCGACGUUUCGGGCGAUGUCACUAGUGUGAGGUUUGGGGUCAUCGACUCGGCUCGUCAGGGCGACCAUGCGGCUAACAACGAUGGAUCAUUGCCUUCCGAAGGUCAGCGUGGUGUGCAGCCACAUGCUUCCAAAGACCUAUCCUACGUCGAUGGAGGCGUCGAAAGCAGUGCGUACCGCGAAUUCGCGCCGUUGAACGACUACCCGGAGGAUGGCAUCGAUACUUAUGAAGCCGUUGAUGAUUCCCAUGCAGCCGCCAGUAUCGCAUCACGAGUCUCUGAGCAUUUAGGCAACUCAUUAUCGCAGUCUACAUCUGGCUCUCGCAUGCAACAAUCGCAAACUUCGCAGUCUCACGAGAUGCUUGCUUCGACUCCGCCGCCGCCGCAUCCUCAUGGCUCUUAUCCGUGGCCGCAGUCCCCUGAAACCAGAGCCACAGAAACAGCCUCCGCGACCACUCCCGUCUUGCCUCCAAGCCGCAAAAAAGAUGAUGAUGCGAGACAAUCUACCACAACCUCAUCACCAGCAUCAAGCCUGGUGGCGCAAUUAGCACCGAUGCAAACAUAUUCGACUGUUGGCCCUCAACCCUACAGCGAUCAUGCAAGUUCUCUUGCUCAGUUUGCGGGAUCAGGUGCGAAACAACCCACUGCGAGUGUGGCGGCGCCCACAUCCGCAUCGACGGGUGCGCCUGGUUUGGUCCUGCGGCCCGAGGAGGCAGAGGCCAACAAAUCGACUCUCAGCACGCUCGACCAGUAUAACGCCGCUGCCAAAGUUUACAAGGAGUUGUUGGAGGCCAGGAAUAGCAACAAGCCUCUCUCUGGUAGCUUGACUGGCAUGCCACCAUCCGCCAAAGAAGUCGAGUCUGCGAAGAGCAAGCUUAAAGAGGCCACGCAAGCCAUGAUGCUCGCGUUGGACUGA